AUGAAUAUUCCGCUCGAGAAAGCCAUGCCGGGGGCCCUUCUUGUACAGGGCGUUUCAAAUAAAUUAUCUUCCACUCUGGAGAUGCUCCCAUUGAAGCCAUCAGCGAGCGCUUCAAGGCAUACCUCGUCGCAAAAUCCCAAUCUCACCGAGAAUGGCGAAACUCCAACAACCACAGCAACGGAACCGGAACCCCCGAGAGGUUCUCCAUCCCGCAACGUCUCCAUAGCCAAGAGUGUGACCAUCAUCAUCACCCUCGCCGGGAUCAACUUCCUCAACACGAUGGGCUCGGGCAUCCUCAUCGCCGCGCUCCCGCGCAUCGCGCAAGACGUCGGCCUCGACGAGAGCCUCAUCCUCUGGCCCGCCGCCGUGUAUAACCUCGCGGCCGGCUGCCUGCUCCUCAUCUUUGGCGCCGUCGCCGACAUUGUCGGGGCGAAAAUGAUGUGGCUGACGGGCAGCUACCUCUGUGUCGUCUUCACCGUCGCCGUGGGCCUGUCAAAGACGGGGAUCCAAAUCAUUCUCUUCCGCACCGCUGUCGGCGUGUCCAUAUCCGCCUGUCUCCCCACAGCAAUGGCCUUCAUCACAAAAACGUUUCCCAAAGGUGGAUGGCGCAACGUUGCUUUUUCGAUGAACGGCAUUGGCUUCCCGCUCGGAUACGCGCUUGGCCUGGUCCUGGGGGGAAUCUUCACAGACACCAUCGGCUGGCGCUGGGCUUACUACAUGAUGGCCAUCAUUAACUUUUUACUGUCGACCGCAGCGGUCUGGUCUCUCCCUUCGAUUCAUCAACCGUCUGAGAAGAAGUGGACUCGUCGCUUGGCAGAGGACAUUGACUGGAUAGGGGCCGUCAUCAUGAGCGCUGCGUUGGGUCUGCUACUUUAUGUACUGGCAAUGACUACUUCAUCGUACUCAAAGAUUGCUGAUCCUACCAACAUCGCCCUCCUGGCCGUUGCAGUAUCCUUGCUGGUCGUUUUCCCCUUGUGGAUGAACCUCCAGACUACAAAGGGUCGGCCAGCGCUGAUUCCAAACCGUUUGUGGCGAAAUGCCGCCUUCACGUCGAUUUGUGUGUCCAUCUUCCUUUGCUGGGCUUCGCUCAACGCGAUUCAUUUCCAAAAAGUCCGAGACAUCUCCGCACUGCAAAGCUCUCUGAGGUUCCUGCCUCAUGUCAUCAUGGGCACUCUCGUCAACAUAGCAGCAGCAUGGCUCGUCUCGAGGAUAAAGGUCCAAACUCUGGGCGCCGUAUCUGCAAUUAUUACAGCUGCUGCACCAAUUCUCAUGGCUAGAGUCGGGCUUGACGGGAACUACUGGCUUGCGCCAUUCUGGGCCAUGGUUCUCUCGCCAGUGAAUGCUGAUGCCCUCUUCACCGUUUCGAAUCUGAUCAUCUCCGACGCCUUCCCAGAAGAUGUGCAGUCCCUUGCCGGCGGCGUAUUCAGCGAGAUCGGGCAGAUCGGCAAUGCAGUGGGCCUCGCCGUAACGGCGGCCAUCGCGGCCUCCGUGACGGAGCACUCGGAUGCCUUACACGACGAUACUAGGGAGGCGCGUAUGGAAGGUUACCGCGCCGUCUUCUGGACCAUAUUUGCCGCCACGGUCGCGAUGCUCAUUAUCGUGGUUGGAGGGUUUCGAAAGGGUGGUACGGUCGGGAAGAAGGAUGACUAG